AUGGCUUCCAGGAUAUUCUCUUGGCUUCCCUCUAUUCCAUACCCACCCUCUCAGGACGGCCGGUGGUCACCUGUGACCUCUACCUUAAACUGGUGUGAAGAAGACUACUAUGCAACCAUUUACGCCGCCGAGAUUGUAAAUACCUUGACCAAUCUCCUGUUCAUGUACCUCGCCGUUAAAGGCAUCGACAAUUGCCUGACAAACGGACACGACCGCAUAUUCUUGGUUACCUUUGCCGGAUAUUUAAUUGUCGGCACUGGAAGUUUUCUAUUUCAUGCCACCCUGAAAUACCCCAUGCAGCUUGUCGACGAACUGUCUAUGAUUUAUACUACAUGCCUUAUGUGUUAUGCUACUUUUUCUUAUCGCAAGUCUAGACGAUUCGCGACGGGCCUGGCCGUAUUCCUGGUUUGCAUGGCCCUGUUCAUCACACUGUAUUACCACUACCUACAAGACCCGACGUUCCACCAAAACGCGUACGGUCUUCUCACAGCAAUCGUGCUAUUCCGGAGUGUGUGGAUAAUGGAGAUCAAUAUUCGCCCCAAAUUCCGUUCGCAAGAAAGGGAAGCAGCAAACCCCCGACCGAACAGAGGACCUCAGGCUGCGCAGGACCAGGAAGAUCUAAGAGACGAGGAGAUUCUGCGCCAGAUGUGGACCAUGAUUGCGUGGGGGUUGAGUAUUUUCAUGGGAGGGUUUGCCAUUUGGCAGCUGGAUAAUGUGUUCUGUCCAACGCUGAUAAGAUGGCGGAGACAAAUCGGGUUGCCAUGGGGUAUAGUCCUUGAGGGACAUGGCUGGUGGCAUCUGAUGACUGGGGUAGGGGCAUAUUUCUAUAUUGUGUGGGGAAUCUGGCUCCGGCAUUGUUUGAAUUACAGGCAAGAUGACUACGAGCUGGUAUGGCCACGGUUGACUUCGAUGCCGGUUGUCGUCAAGCACCGAACACGGCAUGCCAACGGGUACCACAACGGCUCAGCGAAGAAACUGGAAUAG